AUGACAGAUCACCACUUGAACGCACCCCAAGUGAGCACGUCUCCCACAUUUGAAAGGUCUCAGGACUUCCUUAACAUCGACGAACCGCCCUGUGCACAGGAAACACCUAGCGUUUCUACAUUCAACCUCCCGGGUCCAAGUGCACCCGCUCAAAGUGUAGACAAGCCCGUCCCCAUGAUGAGACGGCGGUCUACCAACUACAUGGACGCGCUAAAUUCCAGAGAACAAGCCCGGGAGCGCGAAAGCAGCAUCGAGGAGCACGCUCCGGGAGCCGAACGUAGGGGCAGCGGACCCAUGGAUUUCCAAAACACCAUUCACAAUAUGCAAUACAGGGCCACUAAUGACUCUGACCUGAGCCACGCGGGCGUGGAUAUGGGUGACUCCAUCUCCCACACGCCCACCCGUUCUCGUGCGGGCAAUAAGCCCAUUUUCAAGAACUCGUACCUCGACAACAACAGUAGCGGUGACAGCACAAAAGUCCCACACGGUUCUGCUCCACAGUUGGGCACGCGUAGAAAGUCAUCUUUUAAGUACGAGGACUUUAAGAAGGACAUCUAUAACCAGCUUCACAUGUUUGAAGACAAGUAA